AUUGAUAAGUGAUAUCGCUCUAUUUACAAACCGCCAGAGUGACUCUAGAACUGAAGGAGUUGACAACUUGUUGAAUGUAUUAACUACUUAGUGUUUUUAUAUAUAUAUAUUUUUUACAUUAACAAAAUGGUCUUGUCCAAGUUACCAGUUCCAGUUAUCAAUGUCGUGGGAAAAUAUUUGAUGGAACUUUACAACAAUCCUAUCAGGACUAAAGCCAUUACCAGUUCCGUCAUUUCAGCACUUGGUAACUACACAUCUCAGGCAAUUACAGGAUGUGAAAUUAAUCAAAGGAGUAUAGGAGCUUUUGCAUUAUUUGGUUUAUUGUUUGGCGGAACAAUCCCACACUACUUUUACAUCAUAUUAGAACAAGCUUUUCCUGGUCCGAGUAAACUGACUGGACUUUUAAAAUUUAUGGUUGAAAGAUUCAUUUAUGCACCUCUAUACCAGAUGUUUUCUCUCUAUGUACUCGCUAGGUUUGAGGGCAAGAGUCAUGAAAGUGCAUAUAAACAGACCGCUAAGCUGUAUUGGACUGUACUGCAGGCUAAUUGGCAGUAUUUAUCCUGGAUUCAGCUAAUCAAUAUUAUUCUCGUUCCUUCCAUGUUCCGAGUGUUGGUAAUGAACAUGGUAGGUUUCUUUUGGAAUAUUUACCUUGCAAGUAAAAGAAGAGCAGAAAGUAAAUCUUACUGA